UUUUCGUAUUUCGCGCUCAAUAAUCCGGCCAGAACGUCCUGGAUGCCCCGACGGAUGACAAAACACAGACUUCAAUGCAGCCACCCACAUUCCGUUGGGGCCGGAGUAAUUUUUCGCUCAUAAAGGGAGACGCCAGGCCGCUCGCAUUGCCAGCUGAGGUCGUCGCCAAAGGGGUCGGCUGCCAGUCCUCUGUGGCAAGAAAGUCCCUAUGCUAUUUCAGAAUAUGGAUCGAUGUUUUGUUCCACGACCACGUCGAGCCGGGGCACAAAGGAAGAAUAACAAGUGCCGCGUCGGGGCCGGACCGCACCGUGAACGAGAUGGGCCCUACGGAGUACAAGACAGGUUUUAGCGAGAGUCCACCAGGGAGAUUUGGCCCGGGCCUAUGACGAAGGGAAGAAGAAAGAGUCCAGACAGCGGGUACAACAUGGAUCCAGGUCAGCAAGUAAUAUAUUGUGCUGGUGGAGCAGGGCAGAGAACGGCAUGAAAUAAGAUGACCAAAUAAUCCAGGCGGUCAGUUCAAGCUGGAGAGGAAAAAUUCGUGCUGCUGAGCUCAACAUGACGUCUGGAUGGAUCCUUCACUGCCUUUGUCACCUAACCGUGUUAGUGCCGGCAGAUCGGCUCCAGCCAGCCAGUGGCCCACGGACGGGUUGUUUUGUUGGUGGCUUCGGAUGAUUUCCAGGGGUUGGCGAAGCUUAACUGGACCUUCGAUGGCAGGUGGGCCCCCGCACCCGCAGGCCGACAGGUACAAGAUCCCUGCCGACAGUGCCGACUGGGCGCUGUUCCUGGGAAUACCACAUCCCAUGUCGUCAUCCCAAUCUCUUUCACCGGCAGAAGCGUGGUAGUUUAGUCUGUGGUAAGCAGACGUUGAGCGGUGGGCCCUCCAAUGGGUCGCCAGAACAGCUCCUUGCUCCUUUGACAUCAGACUGGAUCAGACUGGUACCAAAGGGCUGUGUCUGUGCCUUCUGCAAUGUGCUUUGGCCUUGGUCCUGGUCCUGGGAUCACCUGCCUGGAGAACAAAGCUUGAACCCGCGGCCCUACAAAAUGAUUGUCCUCCGGUCCGUUUCCCAGGAGGAUGCUACUUUUCUCUGGUCAGCUCCAACUCGAUUCGGUUCGGCCCAGCUCAGCACCAGCUCAGCUCAGCCAAGGUCGCCUCGCCUCCCCUCCCCCUCGUAACGCCCAUUCCCGACCUCUGAUCCAGAACUUCCCACGAUGCAUAUGACAUCCAACCUCCUGGGCGGGGCAGCCCUGGCGCUGCCGCUCGCCCAGGCAGCCGUGCCGCUGUUCAGCGACUACCACUUCAACCCCCUCGAGCACCUGGGCGGCGUGGCCCCCUACUUCGAGCCCCUGGACCCGGCGAUCGACCCCUCGGCGCCCCAGGGCUGCACCCCAGUCCGCGCGGCCUACCUCGUGCGCCACGCUGCCAUCUACGCCAACGACUUUGACUACGAGGAGUUCAUGGAGCCCUUCAUCUCCAAGUUCCAGAACAUGACCUCGAUCGACUGGUCCAAGAUCCCCGACCUCAGCUUCCUGAGCAGGUGGGUCCCGCCCAUCAGCGAGGCCGAGAGCGAGAUGCUCACCCGCGUCGGCAAGCUCGAGGCCACCGAGCUGGGGGCCAGCAUGAGCUUCCGCUACCCGGGCCUCAAGCUGCCCAAGAAGAUCUGGGCCAGCUCGGCCGAGCGGACCUACGAGUCCGCCAAGGCGCUGAUCCGCGGCUUCGAGCCCGCCGGCCAGGACGAUACCAUUAGCCUUGUCUCCGUGUACGAGAGCAAGGAGGGCGGCGCCGACAACCUCACCCCGUACAAGGCCUGCCCCAAGUACAGCUCCAGCGCCGGCAGCGAGCAGCAGAGCGUGUACCUGAAGAAGUUCACCAAGCCCAUCAUGGCACGGCUCAACGCCGCCGCCCCCGAGUUCAACUUCACCUCCGAAGACGUGUACGGGAUGAUGCAGCUGUGUGGGUACGAAUCUGUCAUCCGCGGCAGCUCGCCCUUCUGCGACCUCGACCUCUUCAGCCCAGACGACUGGCUGGGAUGGGAGUACACCGCAGACGUGCAGUACCACUACAACACUGGAUACGGCAGUGAGGUGAGCGGUGCCAUCGGCCUCCCCUGGGUCAACGCCACGGCCGGCCUGCUCAUGGCCGAGCUGGGCAGCGAGGACGUCCAGGACCUGUACGUAAGCUUCACCCACCGUGAGCUGCCGCCGACCGUGCUGGUAGCCAUGGGCCUGUUCAACAACUCGGUGUUUGGCGGCUCCGAGGCCACCAUCAAUGACACCAUGCCCUCGGACAGGAUCAACCACCGCCGCGCCUGGAAAAGCAGCCACGUCAUCCCCUUCAUGACCAACGUCGCCAUGGAAAGGCUCAACUGCACCGGUAGCUAUGGCUACGACGACGGCGACUACUACCGCGUGCUGGUCAACAACGCACCUCAGCCGCUGCCCGACUGUGGUGACGGGCCUGGUACCACCUGCUCCGGGUCGACCUUCGAGACGUGGCUGCAGGACCGGGCUGACAUGUUCAGCGGGUUCUCCGAGAAGUGCGAUACCGCGUCCGACUAUGACAACUCGACAGACUCUGUAACCUUUUAUUCGGACAAGUCCGAGAACGGAACAUUCGUGGGAAAGAGGAAUCUGUAUGACCGGGAGUAAAUGUUAUACCCACAGAGGUCACCAAUGUACAUAUUUUUACUCCAAUAAUAAUGAUAAAGCUUAAUGAGAUAUCGUGUACGUCACACACGCCCUGUAAUUUGAGUGCAUAAACGUCGAAUACACCACGUCUCUAAUGUCUGUUGAGUGUAAGGCCUUACUCGCAGUGGCGAGCGAACCCUUAGGCGCGGAAAGCCAGCUUGUAUGAGGAGGCAAAAAGAACCCGUGGUGGCGCAACUCCCACCACCUCGGAUGGUGAUGGCAAUGUAUUGAAAGAGGGGACUUCCUGCUUUAUUGGGGGCAAUGUCGUGCUUGCUCAGUGGGAACGUCCUGGGCACAUGCCAUGCCCGGCUUCGGGUUAAAUGGGAGACCCUCUUACCCGAGACUCCAGGAUGCUUCGAGUCGAUCAUCGAGCUGUUCGAAGUCAAAGGGAGAGGCGCUCCGGUUGGCACAGGAUAUGAAGCAGCGCUCUUUGAUGCCGUUUUGGUUGGGCGGAGCGCGUGCAGUGAAUGGAGAGACCAGCUGAUAGCUGUUACUGGGAAUCGUCAGACUGGUCCAAAUAUCCCAAUGAUAUGCACGUCGCAAGCAUUUCAACGCAGUGCGAGUAGCCUCCUUUGUGGACGAGUUCAGUUGUCCCAAGCGCAAACGAUGACAUAUCAGAACAAGCAUCAAUGAUACUGACCCAAGCCGUGCAGCUACGCCAGAGCACCGCCACUCGAGGAGAACUUGCCCUGUCACCUAGGAGGUAUGGCAUCCGACUGAAGAGCCCACGAUUAUCACCGAUACAGCUGCAGUAGUGGCGGUGCCAUGCUCCAUAGAGGACUGGUCGCUCGAGAGAGAGAGUCAAAGAUGCACAUAAUUUUCGGGGAGCCGUGGUGCACACACGCUGAGAAAGGGCAAGUGCUUUGUCGGCCUGUGCUGAUCAAGCACGAGCAUACACAAAUAUAUCGCCAGAGCCCAC